AUGCCUUCCCCUAUCCCUGUAGAACGUUUCCUGCCCCGGGACCUAUCCCCCUCCAUAGACCUUCGCCCUUGCAGCAGUCCCCUGGAUCUGAGCCGUCACAAGCCCGGACAGUUGCGUCUGGCCCCGUCCAGGCUCCCUCCCCGCCUGGCCUGGUGCAGCAUCGACUGGGAACAGGUGCGGAUCCUGGAACCGCUAGGAUCCGGGGGCUUCGGCUCCGUCUACCGGGCCACCUACCGCGGCCAAACGGUGGCGCUGAAGAAGGUGAAGCGCUGCAGCAAGAACCGCCUAGCAUCCCGGCAGAGCUUCUGGGGCGAGCUGAACGCCGCCCGCCUUCGUCACCCACACGUGGUACGCAUCCUGGCCGCCAGCGCCUGCUGUCCCGGGGAUCCGGGCAGCCCCGGCACCAUCAUCAUGGAGUACGCCGGCAGCGGGACCCUGCACCGGCGCAUCUACGGCCGCGGCCCCCCGCUGGGUAUGGCCUGCUGCCUGCGCUAUGCCAGACACAUAGUGGACGGGCUGUGCUUCCUGCACCGGGGCGGCGUGGUACACCUGGACCUGAAACCGGCCAACGUGCUGAUGGCCCCGGGAGACCUGUGCAAGAUCGGGGACUUCGGCAGCUCGCAGAGGCUGCAGGAGGGAGAUGACGGGGGAGAAGCCUACAGCGUCCAGCUCCGACACCUGGGAGGCACCUACACCCAUCGAGCACCCGAACUGCUCCGCGGAGAGCCCGUCACCGCCAGGGCGGACAUCUACUCCUUCGCCGUCACCUUGUGGCAGAUGGUGACCCGGGAGCUGCCCUACACCGGGGACCGGCAAUGCAUCCUCUAUGCCGUGGUGGCCUAUGACCUGCGGCCGGAGAUCGGACCGGUGUUCCUCAGUACAGAGGAGGGCAUGGCUGCCAGGGACAUCAUAGAGAGCUGCUGGUGUGCCCGGCCAGAGAACAGACCCAGUGCGGAGGAACUGCUGCAGAGGAUUAGUCUGGUUGAGUCCUCUGUUGUCACCUCUGUCCAUGAGCAGAGUCCCCAGCUUGAUGGAACAUCUGAGCUCCAGGGAUGUCACCUCAUAGCUGAUGGAACAUCUGAAGCCCAGUUUAUGGAUGAUGAAGCAUCUGAAGUCCAGUUUAUGGAUGAUGGAAUAUCUAAGCUCCAGGAAGGUCAACUCAUGGGCCAUGGAACGUCUGAGCUCAAGAAAUGUCACCGCAUGUUUGAUGGAACAUCUGAGCUCCAAUGCAUGGGGUCCAACCUGGACUGUCCAAACUCAGCACAUGGAACCCACCUGCAAGAGGUCUCUUCCUGCUCAUGA